UUAUUUGUCAAAAUAAAUUUCAGUCAAACAAACGAACAUGGAUUCUGCUGAUGAACUUGAAAAAUUUAAUUCUUUUGAUAAAAAUGGGUGUGAAAAAUCGAAUACCAACAGUCUCAAAACUAGUCUACCCAGUAACACGAAUAUUGUGCACAAAUUAUUCAAUAGGGAGGUAUUUGGGUGCACAUCAAGAAAACGACAUGAGCAGAGCCGCAAACUGUUUGAUCGAAUACCGCCCCGGCUUCGAUUCUGCCUCAUGGACAUCGUGCCAAUGUCAUACCUGCAGGAGCACAUCUUCAUGGGCUUCUCCCAGUGUGGGCAGUUCCUACUAAGCUUUACGUACAGUUGCAAUACACAAGUUUAUUUUAGGGAGAGUUCAAAGUUUACGUUGCAUUUUAUGCUAUGGGUGCCGGGUCGGAUAGUGAAGCCGGUUCACAGUGCACCUUUGUUUGGUGAUGACGUCGAUAGCAAAGUUACAAUUUCCAUGGCUCAGUGGAAGCACAACCCUGGUGUUAUCGUGGUAUAUGGUAUUGCAGACUCAUGCUCAGAACGAUCCUACCUCAGCGUUAUUGGAGUACCUCAUUUAGGUUGUAAAAAAUGUGCUGCCUACUCUAGAGAUGAAGACGAUCUGAACUGGGGCAAGCGGUGCCUGGAACACAACUUCGCCAUCCACACAAAGUUCUUCUGCACGUCAGACUCGAGCAUGUACGAGCCUGUCGUACAGCUCGCCUACUCCAACCAGAUCAUCAUCUACACGGACUUCAUCCACAUCCUGGAGGUCGACUUCGUGCGGCCCGACCACGAGCGAAACGACGCGAUGGACGAUAGCAAGUUUUCUUUAGACCGGGAGGAGACGAAUUCGAUAGACACGAAUCCGGGGACGCCGUUUUCGGAAGCCUCGGCGCCGUUUCAGUCGCCGAAGUAUCAGAGUAAUGUGGUAGCGAAUAUUCUCGCGGAUUUUUCGGAGUUGGAGGGCGAGGCGCCGGUUAUGGGCGCUCGGGUGACGUUGGACGCGGGCGAGUUACUAUUGGGGCCAUUGCCGGCGCUGCUGGAAGAGUGGGAAGGACCGGCGCCGGCAAUUCGCACGCUUAUCUCGCCGCCGCUGCGUAGUCCGCGCCGGCGCCCGCCCGAGGGCAUGUCGCGCUUCAGCGAGGCGCACCGCGUCAGCGCCGAGAAGGCCUACGAGUUCGUCGAGGAAGCCGACACCAAGUGCGAGAAGCUCAGCAUGUUCCGCAAACGUCGCCUCGCCGACAAAAAAUACGAGUUCUCUGAAGACAACAACGAAAACAUAGUUCCUUACAGAGUUUUGAGGAGCAACAGGAAAUAUUUUAUAGGGUCGACGAGCAAACCGCAGCCGCGGCGCCCUAAAUCGCCGGUGGAGUGCGUGGUCUUACGGGCUCACAACCAGAUCAGCCGGCCUCCGUCGCCGACUACCAGUUGUCAACCGAAGCCGUCGGGGCUGGCGGCGUUGGAGUCUGACCGCAACAGCGAAUCAGAGUACCGAGUCAUGGAGAUGCUCGAUGACGGCUCCUUGAAGACGGUGUCAGUACACGAUAAUACUUCUAAGACGCUAUCUGAUUGCCCCGUGAGCGCGCAGGACCCAUAUUUAGUGCACUCGGAAAACUCCAAAUGCAGCAAAUUCUUCACGAGAUACUUCGUUGAGAGCGACGACGAAAUCACCUCGAUUAUCACUGACUCAGAAGAUGACUGCAUAUCGGGUUACCACGUGGCGCUUCACCUCACAGCGCACGGCGCGGGCUACGCCCCUCUUCAGGCCGUCGGCGCGGGCGCUUGGGAACGCAUCUGCUCCAAUUCUGGAGCCCUACCGCCGCUUACAAUUAGGGCACAACAAAGGUCGUUGGACACGGAGUUACUGUGCAACGAAGUCUGCGGGCGACUGUGCAAAAUAAACGGGAAGAAGUUUAUCUACUGCUUCGACUGGGGCUGCCAUGUUAUAGAUGUGUGCCAGUCGAGCGGGUGUCUGUCUGGGCUGUGCGCGAUGUGGUUAUGGGCAAGUUCAGAGGGAGCGGACGCGGGCGAGUGCGCCGCCUGCACCGACGCCAGCGCCGGCUGCCUGGCGCACCGCCGCCAGUACGCCGCCGAGUGUCUAUUCGUGUGGGACCUCGUCAGCGGAGUUUACAGGACUGAAAGAGUGGCCAUGACGGAGGACGCGAGUCAAGAAGGUUCCAGAGUUUCAGGAGCAGACCGCGCCCGAGAGCUGGCGAAGAAGCUGGGACCUCUCAACGUGCCGCCAGGACACGAGAACCGGCUGCUCACCACACUCACAGGAAAAUCGUUAAAAAGACUGACCGAUGUGGACAACUGCAUCGAAAUCACAAAGAACCACCCCGACAGCUCGGACGAGUCUUCGGAGGAGGAAGACAGCGACUAUGACUGAACCUAGCAAGCCGCCUCCAAUUCAGAUACUCACGACUACUGCUCUCCCGGUGUACUGGGUAACUCCACAAAACGAUUUUGAAGCAUUUCCUAUUUCACUCACACUCAUUUCAUAAGGUUAGUGCGAUAGAUACAAAUAAUGUAUAUCGAAAUCCUUUUGGGGAGUAGAGACCUUUUCCGAGAGCUGCAGUAAGAUUACAUUACUUUAUUUUUGAGUUGUUCUUCCUAUAUUUUUUAUUAUCUCAAACGCAGCUUUAUUUUUUAAUGUAAUGGCUGUACGUACAAAAAGGCAAUCGAUUUUAAUUCAAAGUGAGAUUUAACUCAGAUCUGCCAUUAUUAUUAUAAUUACAAUUAAAGCCGAAAGGUAUUAUUAUGAACAUUGUAAAUAUAUUUCGAAAAUUCGUAGUUGCCGCAACGUUAGUCGGCUAUGUAUAAAUUGUUAUCGCGAUACGUACCUACAUUAUAAGGUGGUUUGAAUGAUAUUACUACAAAGGCUAACUAAAAACAGUAUUCUCAGAAAAUGAAAUUUAGGUUCUGGCAUACUGUCUGGUACUGAAGAUAAGGUAUCCACUAUUCAUAUCUUUUGGUGCUUAUUUAAUACAUACCUAGAUCUUCCUUUUUAUGUAAUUUCCCACAUAAUAAUCAGAUUGAUUUAACUCGUUUAGUAUGAAUUACUUUUGAUGUGACAAAGUGCCGACAUUUUCAGACUAAAGCAAUAUGAAACUGUAUUUUUAUUAAAACAGAUCGUCAACAUAUUUUAUUACGAUUGAAUUUAUCGACAUACUAGUUUCAAGGAAACUCGGACAAUGUAUUAAUAUUGUGUAGUAGUGUAGAGUUCGUUAAUGUAUUAUAGGAUACAACUUUAUUUGUAACUUUAUAAGUUACAUAAAUCCUCACUAUACGUAUCUGAUGGAUUAAUUGUAAGCUUCCGACCUUUUAGUUGUUUGUUAGAGUAACAUUACUUUAGUUAUUGCCCAUUAUUUUGUUUUUACUUUCCACUAUCAGUAAUUGAUGAGUUUCAUCCGGAUGUACAUAUUUGAAACUAAUUGUUAUUUAAAAAAAACUUGUAAGCAUUGUUAUUUUCAAAUUCACUUUAUGUAACUAUUAUUUAGCAUCUGUCUUAGAACAUCAUCUCUAUCACACAAUUAAAGCUAGUUCUUCAGAUAGAUAUUAUAUACUACUAUGUAUGUAUACUAUAUACAAGUAUAUUAUCCCCCAUUUAUCAUAAUACCUAACAAUAUUUUUACUGUGUUAAGCUAAACGUAAACAACAAUUUAGGCUCAUACGAGGUUGUGAAUGUUUGAAUGUAGGUUUGUUUAAGUGAAGUGCCUAUGUGCUAACAUCUUAUGCUAAACCGGAGUCUAAUUUUUUGAUCUCUAAUUCAUAACUGCAUUAAUAUUUAUAACUGUUGUACCUUUCUCUGAUUGGGUAUAUGUAAAAAGCAACUCUUUUAUUACUUUUUUAGAAUGUUAUGUAGCUAAAUUUUACUAUAUGACCAUUAAUAAUUAUUUUCUUUAUUUACUUAUUUUUAUACAAAAAAAAUGCACUAGUUUUUGAAUGUUAGAAUGGAAAUGAAUCAGUAUAAUUUAUUUUAAACACAGAUAGUGACAGUUGCAUUUAUUUAUUUUAAUCUUUUGGCACAGAGCAGCUGUGGGUUUAUGCUUACAAAAAACCAAACAUGCAGCUGUUAUUGUAUGUAAUGUAUGGAAGCAUCACACUGCAUGAUACUCAGGCUGCUUGUGUACCAUAAGUUUUGAU